AUGGCUUCAAUUACUAACCAAAUAUCUGAUGUGGAGGGAGGUGGAGGAGGGGGCAAGGUCCCUGAGGAGACAGGAGAUCUCCAGCCAACGAGAGGGGAGGAGCAGUCUUGUGACGGGAUCGAGGGUUCUCGGCCGCCAUAUGACUGCCACUUCACCGAGGCGAUCACCAGCCUCGCAGAGAAGGAGGGUGAAGACAAGGCGGAGGAAGGCGCAAUGAUGCCCAGCGCUGAUUAUGAGGGUGACACAAGGGAGGACAUUGACCCUCUUGAAAUUAACAUGGAAGAAGGAGGAGAAGCAAUUGAUAUCACCCAGAUUGUUGCUUCUCAGGCCGAGGACACCGGAAAAGAUGAGGUCGCUGAGAAACAAGUGGAUUCAAUGGUGGUAGAAACGGUAGUAGUGAUGCCAGGCAAUAGUCAGCCACCACCGCCGAGGAAAAGAAAGAAGGAGGGUUCGAUAUCACCAGGGGAGGAAGAAGCUAGGUGGUAUAACUCGGAAGAGGAUCCCACGGUAGGCACCCAAGGUCGGAAAGUGCAGGCGGGUGUUAAGGCGAGAAGAGGGAUCCCUGACAACCCUGAAUCAGAAAGGGAGACGGAAACUAAAAGGACGCGGCCGAAGGAUAAAAGAGAGGACAGCAAAGCUGCUCCUACUACUUCAGGCAGAUCUAUCUACUUGAAGGAUUCCGAAAGCGAGGCCGUCACAGUGUCCUCUGAGGAGGAAUAUAUGCCUAAUACACGAGCCACUGCGCGUAAGAAGGCGAAAGCAGGGAAGAAGAGAAGGAAGGUUGAACCUAGAGGCAAGGAUCAGAAGGAAACUGAGUCUGACAGGAGCAGGGAGGGAAGGAAGUUAAUCAAGGGAGUCUCCGACAUGGUCAAGGAAACAACGAGAUGCAAAGCAGCAGGAAGACAGGAAGGAGCUAAGGAAGGGAAUCCGGGGGCGAAUAAAGCAGCAGGGAGACAGGAAGGAGCGAAGGAAGGUAAUCCUGGGGCGAAUAAAGGAACCAAAGGGCAAUUGAGCCAGAGGAAGGGCAAUUCUCUCGAUAAGGAUGAUACUCCUGAUGCGGACAAUAGGGAGGAGAGUGUGGUGCUGGGACCCCUCAGAUAUAACAAGAUGACGGCUGCGUCUGCGGGCGCUCUGGCCCUGGAGUGGCUAGAUGAAAUAGAGGAAUGCAGGUUCAAAUCAAGUAACAUGCAGGGACGAGUCAGCGGACAUAUCAAAAGUAAUGUCGUUAAGAUAAAGGACCUUGUAAAAUCCUUGGUCGGGAGGGCUGAGGCGACUGGCGAUCCCUUAUAUCUGAGGAUGCGAAACUCGGAACUAUCCAUGCAGAUCCAAAAUUAUAAGGAGACCUGUGAGAGGAAUGAAGCCGACUUAUCCUCGGCUAAACGUACCAUCCAGGAACUAAAGAAAGCCAUGCCCAAGGCUGAUGGUAGGAAGCAUAAGACUGGGACGAAGAGUAAGAUGGAAGAGGAGAGUAAGGAACGUGGAAGGGGAAACAGUUCAGGGAAUGAGGAUCCAGCUCAGGGAGGAGACCCGGAUACAGAAGUGGAGCCCAUGGAAUUGGGAAAAGAAGAAGGAAGAUGCGAGGACGUUGUCUGGAGGCCGCAGCUAAAUGGCACCUCGGUGCCCAUACCGUCAACGGCGUCCAAGCAGAAUGUCUCUGACGUAGGUAAGGAGAGAGUGGAAACCAUCACGAGACAAAUUGCGGAGCUUGUCAAGGUUAGGAGGCAAUUGAGGAAGGACCGUAGCCUUGACAAAAAGGGUAACAACGUGGCGGCAACGGAGAGAGCUAGGAAUAGUGGAAGGGCUGAGGAAAGGCAAAAACCGGCGGGAUUGAGAAUCUCGUCGGACAUUCAGCUAGUCCCGCCUAGGGCUAAGGCGGAUCCUUGUGAGGACAUCCCGUUAAGUGAGAGGGAGGGUAAGAUGCCAGCGGACAAAAAGGAUGGCGACUGGGUAACGGUAGGCAAAGGGAAGGGAAAACGGCCGCAGCCGCAGCAAAAGAGGGUAGCCACUAUGGCUAAUGAAGAAGAGGUUGGAGCAGUUUUACGCAAAAACGAAGCUAGGAGAAGACCUCCGAAGACAGCGGCGGUCACGAUUACUGGACGGGCAGAGGGUUUCUCCUACGCUAACGUCCUAAGAAAGGCGCGGGAGAAAAUUUCAUUAGCAGGCAUUGGCAUCGAGCAGAGCAAGAUCAGACGGGCCAUUAAUGGGGGAAUUCUGAUGGAAAUCAUGGGGCCUGAUGGUAGGGGGAAAGCUGAGGCUCUCGUGGCCAAAUUGAAGGAGGCCCUGCAAGAUGAUGGUGUAGUCGUGACCAGACCGGUUGUUAAGGGAGAGAUCCGGAUUAUUGGGCUCGAUGACUCUGUAACCUGCGAGGAGGUACGAGAUGUGGUCGCGAGUUCUGGGAAUUGUACUCCAGAGGAGGUGAGAACCGGGGACUUGAGGAAGAUGUCCAAUGGACUCAGUAUGAUAUGGGUGCAGUGCCCUCUGGCUGCGGCAACACUAGUGGCUAAAGGGGAAAAGAUUAGGAUAGGGUGGACCAUUGCACGGGUAGAACUCCUGCGCGCCCGACCCUUGCAAUGCUUCCGUUGCUGGGAGUAUGGGCACGUUAUGAACGCAUGCAAAUCGACAACGGACAGGAGUGCGGCAUGUUAUCGUUGCGGGAUGGAUGGCCACUGCGCGAAACAAUGCACCACAGCCCCCAAGUGCAUGGUGUGCACGGAAAGAGGAGGCGACGGGAAACACCGCAUGGGGAGCUGGGAGGCCUAUAACCUGCUUAUACAUCAGGCUGCGGAGCUCGAAACGGAUCUGUGCGUUAUCGCUGAGCCGCCUGCUGCACCGGAGGCAGGGAAUUGGUACCGCAGCGACAAUGGAUUAGCUGCGGUGGUUUGGAGGUCCAAAGGAUCGGCACGUCUUGGGCUGUGCUCCCUGGUUAAAAGAGGGCACGACUUUGUAAUAGUUGAAGCAGGGGGAGUUAGGAUUGCGUCGUGCUACGUGUCGCCGCAGACUAAGAGGGGCCCCUUUCUACAGUUUUUAGACGAGCUGGGUGAGGCGGUAAGAGAAAUUGGGGUGACACGUAUCAUAGUGGCGGGCGAUUUCAAUGCACGCUCAAGAACCUGGGACAAAGGAAGACCCAACGCCAGGGGGGACCUUCUUGAGGAAUGGGCGGCGGAGAAUGAUGUCAGAAUAUUGAACGUAGGAAGAGAACCUACGUGUGUCAGACCACAGGGCUGUUCCGUAGUGGAUACGACUUGGGGGUCCCCGGACUUGGCCGCUAAAGCCGAGGGCUGGAGGGUCUUGGACUUCCGUAGCACAAAAAACAGCAAUAGAGGAAAAGGAGGUUACGACCGUUGGAAGUUGAGCAAGUUGGAUGUUGAGGUUUUCCAGGCGCUUUGGGAGCUGCGGUGCGAGGAGGACAGGAUUGACGGGGACGUCGAUAAAACCGCUGCGGACACUGCAGCAUGGCUCCAACGGACCAUGAAAGAGGCAUGCGAUCUGGCUGCCCCUAGAGCAAGCAAAGGGCGGGCAAGAAGGAGGACCUACUGGUGGAAUCAGGAAAUUGCAGAAGUACGAAGAGCAUGCAUCAAGGUGAGAAGGAUCCUGACGAGGAAAGCGAAGAAGAAGGAUGCCGGGUUCAAUGAUGAAAGCAAGAGAGAGUUGGCUAAGGUGAGAAAGUCCUAUAGGGAGUGCACUGACCGAAUGAGAAAGCUUAUCAGAGUGGCCAGGAAAAACGCAUGGCACGAGCUGAUUGCGACCAUAGAGGCAGACCCCUGGGGCACCCCCUAUAGGUUGGUCCUGGGUAAGAUGCGUAACACAGCCUCCCGACUGACUGAAACGCUAGAAGAGGAAACAGUGGAUAGGUUGAUUGACGCACUGUUCCCGGCUGGAAGGCUUCUGGACGAUGCGAAUCAAGACAUUCAAGUCGCCUGGAGGGAUUGUUGGAAGGUCUCGACUGUAGAGGUGCGUGCCAUUCUGGAGAAUAGGGGGGCCAAGAAUAGAGCUCCCGGAAUUGAUGGUUUUACGGCAGGGAUAUGGAAGAAGGUGCCGAACGCCGUAGCGGGGAAGGUAGCAGAAUGCCUCACGAUAUGUCUCAGGGAGGGGACCUUUCCGGUAGAUUGGAAGAGAGCAAUUCUGGUCCUCAUACCGAAGGGGAGUCCUCCCUCCACAGAACUGAUGCCGAAGGUGAGACCGAUAUGUCUCUUGAAUGAGAUUGGAAAGGUGCUGGAAAGGGUUAUCGCGAACCGCAUGUUAGGAUGGAUGAGGGAAAACCCUAUGGCCGACUUAGCUGACAAUCAAUACGGGUUCAGAGAAGGACGCUCCACCUGUGACGCGAUCAUCAAAGUUCAGAACGUUGUGACGAAAUGCAUAAGGAACGGCGAAUACGCAAUUGGGAUCAGCUUAGACAUUAAAAACGCUUUUAACUCGAUUCCAUGGGUGAGGAUUCAUGAGGCUCUUGAAAAGAAGGGAUUCCCGAAUUAUAUUAGGAAGAUUGUGGCGGCAUACCUUUCCGAUCGUUGGAUUGAGUACGGAGUAACAGGAGGAGGAACCAAAAGGAGGGCAGUCCGAGCAGGAGUCCCUCAGGGGUCCGUUCUGGGGCCACUCUUAUGGAACGUAGUUUAUGACGGGGUGCUACGCUCCGGUAUAGAGGAAGGGUUGUAA